CUCGGUCCUGUGACAGGCACCGAACACGAAGUCAGUUGGAAUGACGACGCCGGUUCUCAUGAAGAUUACGUCGCUCAACCCCAUUAUGCCUUUUCAUAUGGGGUCGAAGAUUACCAUACGGGCGAUUAUCACGGUCAAAAGGAGCACAGAGAUGGCUCGGAUGUGUUCGGGGAGUACAUCGUAAAGGAACCAGACGGUAAUAUUAGAACGGUGAAGUACCGCGCCGGCAGAGACGGAUUUCACGCCAAAGUGCUUAACAGCCAUCGAAACGACCGUGAACAAGACGUUGAUCAUCAUUACGAUCAUCAUUAGUCCUACGAGGCUGGACACUGUCACCUACCGAACUCAGCCGUUUUUCAUCAUGCGACACUUCGCUUCUUUUUUUACAUCCAUUAGCUUGGUUGAGUAAUCAUCGACAUCUCAUUUACGUUGCACUCAUUAAAAGAUUGGUUAAAUAUCGUAACAUUUUCGUUUCGCUCAGUUU